AUGCCUCCCAGACCGUCUUCGGGGGAACUAUGGGGCAUGCACUUGAUGCCCCCGAGCAUCCUGGUGGACUGCCUUCUCCCCAAUGGGAUGAUUGUGACAUUGGAGUGCACACGCGAGGCCACACUCAUCUCGGUCAAACACGAACUCUUUAAAGAGGCCAGGAAGUAUCCUCUCCACCACCUCCUACAGGAGGAGACCUCCUACAUCUUUGUCAGCGUUACCCAAGAGGCUGAGAGAGAGGAGUUCUACGAUGAGACUAGGAGACUGUGCGACCUCAGGCUUUUUCAGGCCUUCCUGAAAGUCAUCGAACCAGUGGGCAACAGAGAGGAGAAAAUACUCAACCGAGAAAUUGGUAUGUCUGUCUUGUUUUUUAUACUAGGUCAUGGACAUCACAUAGGCACUUUCUUUGAGUAUGGUGUGGCAUCUGGCUGUUUUCAAAUCUAGCACUCAAAUUUCAUUAAUUAAUCCUGAGUGUGAUGAAGCUUGAUAAAAUGUAUCUUGCAGCUAUAGGAAUGCAUGAAAUUCUCUUUUUUUGGUGCAGGUUUUGCAAUAGGAAUGCCUAUAUGCGAGUUUGACCUGGUCAAGGACUCGGAAGUGCAGGACUUUAGAAGGAACAUAUUGAAUGUCUGCAAGGAGUCUGUGGACCUCCGAGACACUAACGGACCCAUCAGUAGAGCGUUGUACGUCUACCCUCCCAAUGUAGAGUCGUCAGUAGAACUGCCCAAGCACAUCUUCAAUAAGCUUGACAAAGGUAGGAAAUGGGAGACAGUGACACACACAGAAGGUUUGAGUCUGGGAAAGGUAAAAUGUCCCAGCCACGUACAGCCUAAUUUUGUAUAAACAGACACUAUUGUGAACUUUCACAGACUCACCAUCCACUUGUUUGAAAUAUUUUGGCGAUUUUAAUCAGACAUGGUGUGACGUUUCUGAUUGGAUAGUGGAAGACUUGAACUUGAACAUUUACCUCGCUUACCUUGCCAUGUUACUGUAAUAACACGUUUAUUCAUCUUUUCUUCCCCAGGUCAAAUCAUAGUGGUCAUCUGGGUCAUUGUGUCGCCGAGCAAUGACAAGCAGAAAUACACCCUGAAGAUCAAUCACGACUGCGUGCCGGAGCAUGUGAUUGCAGAGGCCAUCCGUAAAAAGACGCGUAGCAUGCUGCUGUCCCACGAGCAACUCAAGAUGUGUGUGCAGGAGUAUCAGGGAAAGUACAUCCUCAAGGUGUGCGGCUGUGACGAGUACCUGCUGGAGAAGUACCCCCUUAGCCAGUACAAGGUAAGCACAGACACUCACACACAUAUUGCUCUGACGCCUACUACACAUCUUGAAUAGGAAUACAAUUACACAUGUGAUGUAGUCAGUCUCUUGCCGGUGUGUUUAAAUAUAACAUAUAAAUAUGAUAAGAAAUAAAUAAAAAAUCCCAAAUGCUGCUUUUUAUGACGACAGUCAGAAAUGGUGGCUAAAAUGUGUAAUAAAAUACUAACCUUUUACAAGCAUACGGUGUAGCUCAGUUGGUAGAGCAUGGCGCUUGCAACGCCAGGGUUGUGGGUUCGAUUCCCACGGGGGGCCAGUAUGAAAAAAAUAAAAUAAUGAUAUAUAUAUAUAUAUAUGCACUCACUAACUGUAAGUCGCUCUGGAUAAGAGCGUCUGCUAAAUGACUAAAAUGUAAAAUACUGUGUUAGGACAUUAUUCCUUUGAAUCCUGUCUGAAGCGUUUUAGAAUGACUGGCCAAUGACUAGCUAGCAACGUUACACAGGUAAUAGUAGAUGCACAAAACAAAGGUAGCCAUUCGUUGCAUGUUUAAUGACCUCUGGUGUAGUGUCUAAUGUCUGUAUGUCUAUUUCCUUUCCUUCCCAGUAUGUGAGGAGUUGCAUCAUGCUAGGGCGCAUGCCCAACCUCAUGCUAAUGGCCAAGGACAGCCUUUACUCCCAGCUGCCUAUCGACACCUUUACCAUGCCCUCGUACGCCCGACGCAUCUCCACGGCAACGCCCUACAUGAAUGGCGAGACGGCCACCAAGUCCCUGUGGACUAUCAACGGCACGCUGAGGAUCAGGAUACUGUGCGCAACCUAUGUCAACGUCAACAUCAGGGACAUUGACAAGGUACUGUACUUGAGGACUUUGGGUUGUGUUCAGUAGAGCAUAUCAUAACUAAAUGUUUUGCAACCGAUAACGAAUACUUGUGUUUAGGGCUGUGGCGGUCAUUACAUUUUGUCAGCCGGUUAUUGUCAUGCAAAAGACUGCGGGUCUCACGGUAAUUGACCGUUAACUAACAAACACGUUUAGCAUCUCCAGGCACCACGUUUAGCAUCUCCAGGCUCCACGCAUACAAGCCUCUGAUGCGCGCCUUUGGAACAUCUACAUUAAAAAAAGUCUAAUAAAUCAAUUGAAUAAACACCAUCACAAUAAAUGCAUUAUUUAUUUUAGGCAAAAAAAAAAAAAAAAAAAGUAGGCAGGUCUAAAGAAACAUUAUGAUAUGAAGAAAAUGUAUUUCAGAAAAACAGUAUGAAUUGGCCUACUGUAUGUUAUCUGGCUAUGCGCCAUGCCAUAGGCUGUAGACUUGUUCAUUUAGCAGACAAGAUAUGCUUAUAAGUCCUGUACCAUUAUUUUAUAUUAUAUGAUUUUGUAGGUAGAAGAAUGUAAUUGAACUUGAAUAAAAUAGAAUAGAUAUUCUUCCCAUUUUGGAGCGAGAGCGCGCACAUACAGUGGGGGAAAAAAAGUAUUUAGUCACAUUUUACAUUUUAGUCAUUUAGCAGACGCUCUUAUCCAGAGCGACUUACAGGAGCAAUUAGGGUUAAGUGCCUUGCUCAAGGGCACAUUUACGUCAUUUAGCAGACGCUCUUAUCCAGAGCGACUACAAAUUGGUGCCCCUAUAGCCAGUGGGAUAACCACUUUACAAUUAUACUUUUUUUUUUUUUUUGGGGGGGGGAGGGGUAGAAGGAUUACUUUAUCCUAUCCCAGGUGUUCCUUAAAGAGGUGGGGUUUCAAAUGUCUCCGGAAGGUGGUGAGUGACUCCGCUGUCCUGGCGUCGUGAGGGAGCUUGUUCCACCAUUGGGGUGCCAGAGCAGCGAACAGUUUUGACUGGGCUGAGCGGGAACUAUGCUUCCGCAGAGGAAGGGAAGCCAGCAGGCCAGAGGUGGAUGAACGCAAUGCCCUCGUUUGGGUGUAGGGACUGAUCAGAGCCUGAAGGUACGGAGGUGCCGUUCCCCUCACUGCUCCAUAGGCAAGCACCAUGGUCUUGUAACGGAUGCGAGCUUCAACUGGAAGCCAGUGGAGUGUGCGGAGGAGGGGGGUGACGUGAGAGAACUUGGGAAGAUUGAACACCAGACGGGCUGCGGCAUUCUGGAUGAGUUGUAGGGGUUUAAUGGCACAGGCAGGGAGCCCAGCCAACAGCGAGUUGCAGUAAUCCAGACGGGAGAUGACAAGUGCCUGGAUUAGGACCUGUGCCGCUUCCUGUGUAAGGCAGGGUCGUACUCUCCGAAUGUUGUAGAGCAUGAACCUGCAGGAUCGGGUCACCGCCUUGAUGUUAGCGGAGAACGACAGGGUGUUGUCCAGGGUCACGCCAAGGCUCUUCGCACUCUGGGAGGAGGACACAACGGAGUUGUCAACCGUGAUGGCGAGAUCAUGGAACGGGCAGUCCUUCCCCGGGAGGAAGAGCAGCUCCGUCUUGCCAGGGUUCAGCUUGAGGUGGUGAUCCGUCAUCCAUGCUGAUAUGUCGGCCAGACAUGCAGAGAUGCGAUUCGACACCUGGUUAUCAGAAGGGGGAAAGGAGAAGAUUAGUUGUGUAUCGUCAGCGUAGCAAUGAUAGGAGAGGCCAUGUGAGGAUAUGACAGAGGCAAGUGACUUGGUGUAUAGGGAGAAAAGGAGAGGGCCUAGAACUGAGCCCUGGGGGACACCAGUGGUGAGAGCACGUGGUGCGGAGAGAGCUUCUCGCCACGCCACUUGGUAGGAGCGACCGGUCAGGUAGGACGCAAUCCAGGAGUGAGCCGCGCCGGAGAUGCCCAGCUCGGAGAGGGUGGAGAGGAGGAUCUGAUGGUUCACUGUAUCAAAGGCAGCAGACAGGUCUAGAAGGACAAGAGCAGAGGAGAGAGAGUUAGCUUUAGCAGUGCGGAGAGCCUCCGUGACACAGAGAAGAGCAGUCUCAGUUGAAUGACCAGUCCUGAAACCUGACUGGUUUGGAUCAAGAAGGUCAUUCUGAGAGAGAUAGCAAGAGAGUUGGCUAAAGACGGCACGCUCAAUAGUUUUGGAAAGAAAAGAAAGAAGGGAUACUGGUCUGUAGUUGUUGACAUCAGUGGGAUCGAGUGUUGGUUUUUUGAGAAGGGGUGCAACUCUCGCUCUCUUGAAGACGGAAGGGACAUGGCCAGCGGUCAAGGAUGAGUUGAUCAGCGAGGUGAGGUAGGGGAGAAGGUCAGCCACCAAUUGUACAAGUUCUCCCACUUAAAAAGAUGAGAGAGGCCUGGAAUUUUCAUCAUAGGUACAUGUCAACUAUGACAGACAAAUUGAGAAAAAAAUUCCAGAAAAUCACAUUGUAGGAUUUUUUAUGAAUUUAUUUGCAAAUUAUGGUGGAAUAUAAGUAUUUGGUCACCUACAAACAAGCAAGAUUUCUGGCUCUCACAGUCCUGUAACUUCUUCUUUAAGAGGCUCCUCUGUCCUCCACUCGUUACCUGUAUUAAUGGCACCUGUUUGAACUUGUUAUCAGUAUAAAAGACACCUGUCCACAACCUCAAACAGUCACACUCCAAACUCCACUAUGGCCAAGACCAAAGAGCUGUCAAAGGACACCAGAAACAAAAUUGUAGACCUGCACCAGGCUGGGAAGACUGAAUCUGCAAUAGGUAAGCAGCUUGGUUUGAAGAAAUCAACUGUGGGAGCAAUUAUUAGGAAAUGGAAGACAUACAAGACCACUGAUAAUCUCCCUCGAUCUGGGGCUCCACGCAAGAUCUCACCCCGUGGGGUCAAAAUGAUCACAAGAACGGUGAGCAAAAAUCCCAGAACCACACGGGGGGACCUAGUGAAUGACCUGCAGAGAGCUGGGACCAAAGUAACAAAGCCUACCAUCAGUAACACACUACGCCGCCAGGGACUCAUCCUGCAGUGCCAGACGUGUCCCCCUGCUUAAGCCAGUACAUGUCCAGGCCCGUCUGAAGUUUGCUAGAGUGCAUUUGGAUGAUCCAGAAGAGGAUUGGGAGAAUGUCAUAUGGUCAGAUGAAACCAAAAUAGAACUUUUUGGGAAAAACUCAACUCGUCGUGUUUGGAGGACAAAGAAUGCUGAGUUGCAUCCAAAGAACACCAUACCUACUGUGAAGCAUGGGGGUGGAAACAUCAUGCUUUGGGGCUGUUUUUCUGCAAAGGGACCAGGACGACUGAUCCGUGUAAAGGAAAGAAUGAAUGGGGCCAUGUAUCGUGAGAUUUUGAGUGAAAACCUCCUUCCAUCAGCAAGGGCAUUGAAGAUGAAACGUGGCUGGGUCUUUCAGCAUGACAAUGAUCCCAAACACACCGCCCGGGCAACGAAGGAGUGGCUUCGUAAGAAGCAUUUCAAGGUCCUGGAGUGGCCUAGCCAGUCUCCAGAUCUCAACCCCAUAGAAAUUCUUUGGAGGGAGUUGAAAGUCCGUGUUGCCCAGCGACAGCCCCAAAACAUCACUGCUCUAGAGGAGAUCUGCAUGGAGGAAUGGGCCAAAAUACCAGCAACAGUGUGUGAAAACCUUGUGAAGACUUACAGAAAACGUUUGACCUGUGUCAUUGCCAACAAAGUAUUGAGAAACUUUUGUUAUUGACCAAAUACUUAUUUUCCAGCAUAAUUUGCAAAUAAAUUCAUUAAAAAUCCUACAAUGUGAUUUUCUGGAUUUUUUUUCUCUCAUUUUGUCUGUCAUAGUUGACGUGUACCUAUGAUGAAAAUUACAGGCCUCUCUCAUCUUUUUAAGUGGGAGAACUUGCACAAUUGGUGGCUGACUAAAUACUUUUUUCCCCCACUGUAUGAAGUGGGUAUGUUGAGGUUAAAAGUGAUUAUUUGAAACAGGUCCUAUACGCUAGAUUUAGUUGUUAGGCUACUUUAGUUGUGAAUUAUAUAAACCUUAGAAAUCAGAACAUAGAUGGGCUGUAUGAUGCAACUAUAGGCUAUUGAUGAUUUGAGAAAUGUGCAAAAAAAAAGUUUGCGCUCUGUUCUUUGCCUCAGGCUGCACACGCUGUUCUCUCAAGUGAUCAUAAUUUCACCCAUCAGACUAUAUUCAAUUUAAUCUUUACUAAUAUGUAAAAUUAGUUUACAUUUAGAAUGCCCCAUUAUCAAAUGGGCAAGAACAGGGGCGGUGGAAAAAACCAUGUAAUCCAUAUGCACUGGAAUAGCGAAUGGAGGCCACUUUCCCACCGGCACGUUUUUCACUCAUGUUGGGUAGGCUACUCCGGUUAUUUCGCUGUGCCACAGGUGAUAUUCUGCCCAAACUCUGUAUGCCAUGGGCUCUCCAACCCUGUUCCUGCAGCUACCCAGUGCCAGUGCUUAGUUUGGGAAACCAAGUGAAAGCUGUUCGGGAUCAUCGAUAGUAACAUGUUUUCACAACGAAACAUAUUUAAUUAAACUGUUGACAGCCCCUCUCUCUGCGCGCUGGAGAAAGGAAUGAAGGAGAGGGGGGAGGAGACGGAAACGCAGUGGUUAGAUAUUCUGUAGCUAGAGGUAUUGUCAUCGUAUUUAAUUAUAAAAAUAAAUAAACAAAUCCUUCUUACUAAGCUAUUCAAAAUCUAAAACAAAUUCACUAUAAUUGUAGUCUAAAUCUGAAUUUGUUUAAUUUAGGCUAGACCAAUUAUGUACCAACGAUAUCUUAAAUCAUUAUUUUUUUAAAAUGUUUUUCUUCCGUGUGUAAUAUGCGGUAGGCUAUGCAUUCUAUAACGGCACAAUCAUUAUUUUAGUUCAAUUUUUGGGGGGGGCUUGGGCUCAUAUAUAGGCCUAUGCGUAUGCAUAAGCUCUAAUAUGCAUAUGUUUUUUUUUUUUGAAUUAAUCAUCACCUUAGAAAGCGAUGUCCAUUUCGUUGUGUCAGGCUUUGAAACAGCAUCCACAACGACCAUGUUUUCCACUAAGUUUCAACCUGUUGUUGAACUUCUUUCUUCGAAUUGAUAAAUCACAGUGAGGUGAGUUUUAAAAGAAAAUACUGUUUUGAUGAUAAGUGGUCCCGUGUAGCUCAGUUGGUAGAGCAUGGCGCUUGCAACGCAACACAGUAUGAAAAAAGUUAUGCACUCACUAACUGUAAGUCGCUCUGGAUAAGAGCGUCUGCUAAAUGACUAAAAUGUGUUUGAUGUGAUUUUCUAUUGCAUUUGCAUUGAUGUCAGAGUGGUUAGAGGGACAAUAGAGCCCUGAGUACCAGGCCAUUAGGACCUGAUGGUAGUUGGGUAGCCUACUACUAAUGAAUGUCCAGAGUGCAUAAGAGGAGAUUAACGUGACUCAACGGUCACAUAGAAUUUUACUGAGGUCAUGACUCAUGACUGCCAGUGUGGCGGUAAUACGGUCACCACAACAGCCCAACCUGUGUUCUUCUUAUUAAACAAGUUCAGGCAGUACCUCUUUUCAAAAGGUUUUAUCCCCACCGAACACGACACGGUUGUCAGUUCUGUUGUACAUGUCAGUGCAGGUCCUCGUGGAGAAAGGGAACUACAUUUUAUAUGGAAUAUUUGAAUAGAUCCGGUUUGGACCUAAAUGUCCUGGAUGUCAUUGUUUUUUUUUUAGUACCACGAUAAAAUGUUCUGUAUCAAAGGCAUCUAUGUAAAUGAUUGAUGUGUGUCCCUGCUAUUGAUGUGUGUCCCUGCUAUUGAUCUAGAUCUACGUCCGGACUGGGAUCUACCACGGUGGGGAGCAGCUGUGUGACAACGUGAACACUCAGCGCGUGCCAUGCUCAAACCCCAGGUAUGCCAUCCAGCGUCAUAAUAAACUCUACUUUCUUAAUGAAGUACUUGCUAAAUCACAUACUGCAGGGCUCUACAGUGAGACCAUUUUACUCGCAUAUGCGCCCCAAGUAUUUUGCUCUGCGACCUGACAUUUUUUAUUUAGGAGCACCAGUGCCCCUAGAAAAAUGUAUGAUUCUACCUUUAUUACCUGAUAUAUAUAUUUUGUAUUGUGCUCCUAAAUGUCUUUGUGUGUGCCUAUAUUUUUCAAUUUAGGCGCACACGUCCUCCUUGUAAAAAGGUCAGCGUAGAGCCCUGUACUGUAGUGAAGCCUAUUGUUGGCUUCGUAAGGAUGUUUGUUUGAUUGGUAAAAUGUUCUUGUUGUCCAUCCCAGGUGGAACGAGUGGCUGAACUAUGACAUGUACAUUCCAGACAUCCCCCGCGCCGCCCGCCUCUGUCUGUCCAUCUGCUCUGUGAAAGGGAGGAAGGGAGCUAAAGAGGUGAGCUCUCCCUCCUGCCCACCAGUGUCAGGAACUUCAUUUCUGACAGGAAAAAAAGUUACUUUUGGUUUGGUCAAACUAUCAGAGGUCUAAAUCAGGUCUCAAACUCAAAAUAUCUGGGGGCCAAUGUCAGCCUUAACGUUAUCAUAUAUAAUAAUAUAAUAUGCCAUUUAGCAGACGCUUUUAUCCAAAGCGACUUACAGUCAUGCGUGCAUAAUUUUUUAUUUUUCUUUGUGUAUGGGUGGUCCCGGGGAUCGAACCCACUACCUUAGCGUUACAAGCGCCGUGCUCUACCAGCUGAGCUACAGAGGACCACAUGGGGGCCAAUGUCGGUCUUUCAGUUAUCAUGGGGGGCCAAUGUUGAUCUUACUGUUAUCAUGGGGGGCCAAUGUUGGUCUUAAUGUUAUCAUGGGGGCCAGAGCGAAGCAGCUUUUGGGCUUGAUGUGGCCCUCGGGCCGCCAGUUUGAGACUCCUGUUGCAGAUGGAUACGGAAAAAAAUACAUUACCAGUACAUUUCCUGGAUUUGACCAAUCCUACUGGUGUGUGCUGUUGUCUUUGUGCAACCAUAACCUUCGAUUUUAUCCUUCCAUUGCUUGGAAUGCUAUAUCCUUAAAAAAAAUUUUUUUUAAACUCUAUUUACAUUGACCACGAUUCCAAUCCAACUCCAUACAUUUGACUACAAUACAAUCCAACUCCAUACAUUUGACUACAAUACAAUACAACUCCAUACAUUUGACUACAAUACAAUCCAACGUUGAUCUUAUGUUGCUACAGGAGCACUGUCCGCUAGCCUGGGGAAACAUCAACCUGUUUGACUACACCCACACGCUGGUGGCCGGGAAGAUGGCCCUCAACCUGUGGCCCGUGCCCCAUGGCCUGGAAGACCUGCUCAAUGCCAUCGGAGUCACUGGCUCCAAUCCAAACAAGGUCAGAGGUGUUAGCUAGCUUGGCUACACAUGCAUGCACAAACGAAAGACGCCAACACACACGCGACGAGACAAGACGCAGAGACCGAUGCAAAGACACACUUUCUCAGAGACACACAACUAGAGUGGCGAACGAUAAGCCACACACACACACACACACACACACACACACACACACACACACACACACACACACACACACACACACACACACACACACACACCUACAGAGACAAACUUACACACACCAACACGACCCCAAAUCCAUAGACCCAGCGUGAGCGGCUGGCAGUAAUCCACCUCUCCCCUCUAGCUGUCGAAGCCUCUGUAUCCCUCUUGUUAAUUACAACCUAACCCCUCAAUAGGCCCUUUGAAUGACCCCUAAUGACAUUUCCAUUAUAUUCCUCUUGGUCCACAGGAAACCCCUUGCCUGGAGUUGGAGUUUGACCACUUCAGUAACCCGGUCAAGUUCCCCGACAUGCCGGCCAUCGAGGAGCACGCCAACUGGAACAUAUCCCGGGAGCUGGGUUUCAACUACUGCCACACCGGUUUGGUAAGUCCUAAAUGUUUUGUGUUUCUAAGUCAAUAUUGACAUUGUUAAUCUGUUAUGAUUUAAUGCUGUUGACAAGUUGGGUGUACUAGAGACGUCACUAGCAGUCACCACACAACCUGAGACGCCUGUGGUUUCAUAUUUCAUUCAUAGUGUCUCUCCCUGAGGCAUGUUCAUUGGGCACAAAACAGGAAAAAAAGAAAAAAGUUUUGAAACGGGGAGGGUACUACCUGAAUGUGUCCAAUAAGAAGACAGAUUUUAGGUUUCUGUUGCAAAACUUUGUACAACGGAGCGUUUAUUGAACGCGACCCUGCUUCCCACCAGUACUGUAGUUUAAUAAGCAGCAUUCUGGUCUCUAUUGCAGAGUAACAGACUGGCGAGGGACAACCCCCUGACGGACAGUGACAACGAACAGCUGCGCCUGGUCUGUAACAGAGACCCACUGUCUGAAAUCACUGAGCAGGAGAAGGACUUCCUGUGGAGGCACAGGUAACGUGUAGUGUGCGUGUGUACAUACAGUGGGUAUGCGUCAUCAACAAAUGCAUAUUUGUUAUCAAAAACAUAAUAAACAAAACCCUCGCAAGAUCUAUCAAACAUUUCUUACCUGAAAUGGUUUGGUUACCUGCUCAAGCUGCUAAACAACCUCUUCUACUAACAGCCCCAGUGUGUGUGAUGUUAAGAGGGGAAACAAGCCAUUUUCUACAUUCUAAUAUACUAUUCUCUCCUCCUGUAGACAUUACUGUGUCACUAUCCCAGAGAUACUUCCCAAGAUUCUCCUGGCAGUGAAAUGGAACUCCAGAGAUGAGGUUGCACAGGUAAACAGGCUCACAUUUCAACUGCUGACACUAGCAUAGCAUGGGCUAUUUGAUGCAUAUUCAUUUAAUUGAUUUGACUCAUUUGGCCAUUUGGUUCCAUUUCGAAGACUGUCAUGUCAGUAAAUAUCAAUUUUGUUUUCCUUUUUUCCCCCCUUUAACUUUGCAUUUUAUUUAAUACAUGCAUUUUUGUAUUUGUUCAUCUUUGUCCCAGAUGUAUUGCCUUCUGAAGGACUGGCCAGCCAUAAAGCCAGAACAAGCCAUGGAGUUGCUGGACUGCAACUUCCCCGACCCAAUGAUUCGAGACUUUGCCGUGAAGUGCCUUGAGAAAUACCUAACAGACGACAGACUCUCUCAAUACCUCAUCCAGCUGGUCCAGGUACAUUAAUAAAUACCUAUUAGACAGACUCAUUACCUCAUCCAGCUGGUCCAGGUACAUUAAUAAAUACCUAUUAGACAGACUCAUUACCUCAUCCAGCUGGUCCAGGUACAUUAAUAAAUACCUAUUAGACAGACUCAUUACCUCAUCCAGCUGGUCCAGGUACAGUAAUAAGACCCACUCAUAGUCUGUGUUGCGUAGAGAUAGAAUACGUAGAAACCACAUACUAUUCUAUGACGUUUCUGGGUUUCAACAUGAAUGCCACUGCCAUCUUGAUAUGAAGGGUUUUGACACCAUCUGACAAUGUGUAAAUCAUUAAUUGACACUACGUAAUGACAGAAUUCAAUAUGACCACCUCAGGCUAACCGCUUUCUUUUACAUGGUGGCUUCUAUUCGGUCUGAUCUAUUUCUGUGUUCUUGAAAAGUAAUCCCUUUUGCUUUUACAGUGCAUUCGGAAAGUAUUCAGACCCCUUGACUUUUUCCACAUUUUGUUACGUUACAGUCUUAUUCAAAAAUCGAUUAAAUUGUUUUUUUACCCCCUCAUCAAUCUACACACAAUAACCCAUAAUGACAAAACAAAAACAGGUUUUUAGACAUUUUUGCUAAUGUAUUAAAAAUAAAAAACAGAAAUACCUUAUUUACAUAAGUAUUCAGACCCUUUGCUAUGAGACUUGAAAUUGAGCUCAGCUGCGUCCUGUUUCCAUUGAUCAUCCUUCAGAUGUCUCUACAACUUGAUUGGAGUCCACCUGUGGUAAAUUUAAUUGAUUGGACAUGAUUUGGAAAGGCACACACCUGUCUAUAUAAGGUCCCAUAGUUGACAGUGCAUAUUAGAGCAAAAAUCAAGCCAUGAGGUCGAAGGAAUCUAAAUAGUCUGGCAGGCCAUUUGAUCACCUACAUGGACAUUCUUCCUGCUCGUAUCUCAUUCAGGCUAGACUGGUUUCCAGUUAAGAGUUUACAUCUAUCAGCUCCUACAGAGAAGUAAUCAACAGUUUAAUGAAUUGGACAAGUCGCUCCUAAUUUUAGGCUCCUGCUAUUAAGGAGAAGAACACGAAGGGUGUAAUCGACUAUUCACCUCCUCAAAUAUUUAAUCAAUUUUAGAAUAAGGCUGUAACGUAACAACGUGGAAAAAGUAAAGGGGUCUGAAUACUUUCUGAAUGCACUGUAUGUGGGUGUGUGUUGUAAACAUGCCCUGCGUUUAUCUGGCUACCAGGUCCUGAAAUACGAACAGUACCUCGACAACCCGCUGGCCCGCUUCCUGCUGAAGAAGGCUUUGACCAAUCAGCGAAUAGGACAUUUCUUCUUUUGGCAUCUCAAGUGAGUUUGUUUUCUGUUUGUUUCCAAAGUGUUUAUUGUGGAUGGCUUGAAUUUGGCAUAGUCAGCUGGAAUGCCAUUCUGCUGGUAUAAUUGAUCUUUCUCCAAGGUCCAGUAAAAUACUUAAUUUGUGCAUAUCAGGGUUUACAUAAAGAAAAGCUGACCGAGGGCAAUUCACCAGAUUAAGAAAUGUUAAGCAUACAUUUUUAUGGGUCAUGCAGUUUGAGAAGUCUUGCUUGUACAUUUUGUAUGAGGUUGCGCAAUCAGGUUGGGCCGAUUAUAUUAUUAAAUCUCAUAUGGUGAUAUUUGACAUUGACGAUAUAUCGUGAAGGUCAAGACUACUGUAUUUGAACUUUACAAAUCCAAAACUGUGCAGUUGUAUCAAUUGGGCUUUAUCUAUCUGUUAAAUGAAGUCAAUGAAUUAACUAAGCCUUAUUUAUUUCGCCAUACUAAGAUUAUUGAAUGAAAAUGCGACUAAAAUAUUGUAAUUUUUACUAUCUACUUAUUAGCGGUGCAAAACGAUUAUAUCGCGAUAUUUGGAGUCGCAUAUCGUAGAAGAGGUCUGCUUAAAUAUCUCAACAAUCACAUAAGUUGUUGUCUCUGCCUCCAGGUCUGAGAUGCACAACAAGACUGUGAGCCAGCGGUUCGGCCUGCUGCUGGAGUCCUACUGCCGGGCCUGUGGCAUGUACCUGAAGCAUCUGAGCAGACAGGUGGAGGCCAUGGAGAAACUCAUCAACCUCACCGACCUCCUCAAGCAGGAGAAGAAGGACGAGGCCCAGAAGGUCACGUUUAUGCUGUGGUCAAGGCCCUUCCACUCCACUUCACGCCCUAACAUGGAAGCCUCAAUACAUGACCACGUUUUUCUUACCCUCAAUACAAGACAAAAGAACAACACACAAUCCUACAAACUAGAGAUACUAAGCAAAACCAGAGUGGAACUGCUAUACAAGCCAACAGGCCCAAUUGGUCUUCAGGACUAUGGACUCCUUGCAGUAAAGUGAAGCUCUCUCUCUCUCUCUCUCUGCCUCUCUCUGUCUCUCUCUGUAUCUCUCUCUCUGUCUCUCUCUGUCUCUCUCCUCAGGUUCAGAUGAAGUUCCUGGUGGAGCAGAUGAAGAGGCCUGACUACAUGGACGCCCUACAGAGUUUUACCUCUCCACUCAACCCAGCGCACCAGCUGGGAAACCUCCGGUACAGACACUUUUUCAAUCCAGAAAGCGCAGUAGACAGAAACACAAAACGUCCACAUAUUUCCCGGAAUGUUUGAACAAAGAAACCAAGAAAUAUGUCCUGUGAAAUUGAGGUUUAAUGACAGGUCAAAUGUUUUCUUAAUGUUAUUCUCGGCGUUGAUACAAUGUUUAAUAUCUGUUUCAGCCUGGAAGAGUGCCGGAUGAUGUCAUCGGCCAAGCGGCCCCUGUGGCUCAAUUGGGAGAACCCUGACAUGAUGUCAGAGCUGCUCUUCCAGAGCAACGAGAUCAUCUUCAAAAACGGAGACGGUACAUCUCACUAAUGCACAACGAAUCACUCAACCCCCUUUGACUCACUAGACAAUAAACAUGAUUACAGAAUCCCAUUUUACAUGCAUGUCCCCAAACUCACUUUGGAUUGCUCUGGCACCGAUUUCAUAAUGCAAAACUCGGUGCAUGUUUUAGUUUUUUUCCCCUAGCACUACACCGCUGAUUCAAAUAAUCAACUAAUCAUCAAGCUUUGAUCAUUUGAAUAAGCUGUGUAGUGUUAGGGGGAAGAAAGAAAAAACGUGCACCCCUUGGGGUCCCCAGGACUGAGUUUGGGAAACGCUGCAUUAAAGUGUGAUCAAAGCUUGGAUUGCUCACCAUCAUCUUGCUAUUUCACUCUCACUCCUCCUGUCUCCUUCAGAUCUGAGGCAGGACAUGCUGACUUUGCAGAUCAUUAGGAUAAUGGAGAACAUCUGGCAGAACCAGGGCCUUGAUCUCAGGUACUGUCUCUUUGUAGCCGCUCAUCUCAGCAGCAACACUCAUGAAUAGUCGAUUACACCCUUCGUGUUCUUCUCCUUAAUAGCAGGAGCCUAAAAUUAGGAGCGACUUGUCUAAUUCAUUGAACUGUUGAGUUCAUUACCUCUCUGUAGGAGCUGAUAGAUGUAAACUCUCAACUGGAAACCAGUGUAGCCUGAAUGAGAUACGAGCAGGAAGAAUGUCCAUGUAGGUGGACUGAAAGUCAGGUUGUUUCUGAAGGAAGUGAAGGGAGUCGUAUUGCUAGCUACUGCAUCGCUCUGUUUUCUAAGCUCUGGACCAGGGAUGCGAUUUUUAUUUUUAUUUUUAUUUUUUUCACGAAGGACUUCAAAUUAGGAUGCCUAUUUCUUAGCUCUGUAGCUUAUCAUUAAGUCCAAUGCAGCCACUUUUUAUCUCAACAUCAAAUCAUUUCUGGGUUUUAAAAAAAACGGGAAACUAGCUGUGAUUAGCAGAGAUGUUUGGAACUCUUUCUUACUGGUCUAUUAACUCAUUUAUCACAGGCAGGCCAAAACUCCAUCCCACCAAAACAGGCAAACAUUUCAGGCUGUCUUUUCAAACAGCUCUUACACCAAAAGGGCAUUAACAUUUUCACAAUUCCACAGUAUUAUUCCAACCUCAUAGUGUGGAAAUAUACACUGAGUGCUCUUUCCAUGACACAGACUGACCAGGUGAAAGCUAUGAUCCCUUAUUGAUGUCACCUGUUAAAUCCACUUCAAUCAGUGUAGAUGAAGGGGAGGAGCCAGGUUAAAGAAGGAGUUUUAAGCCUGUGUGUGUCUAUAGGUGGAGGGAUGGAUAGACGGAGGCAUAAAUGUGUUGGACUGUAGUAUUAGAGACCAUCUUUUUCAUGAUCGUAUUUUGUAAGUUACUUUUCUUAAAUUGUUUGUAAAUAUUGUAUGUUUUUAUUGCAUUGGAAUUGUGAAUUUGUAUGAUUGUGUGCAGGGCUUCUUGGUCUCAAAUGGGAUUUCCUGAUUAAAUCAAUUUAAAUAAAUCCUAUUGCUUCCUCUGUCGUUCAGGAUGCUGCCGUACGGCUGCUUGUCCAUCGGCGACUGCGUGGGCCUGAUAGAGGUGGUGAGGAACUCCCACACCAUCAUGCAGAUCCAGUGUAAAGGAGGCCUGAAGGGGGCGCUGCAGUUCAACAGCCACACGCUGCACCAGUGGCUCAAGGACAAGAACAGGGGGGAGAUGUGAGUGAAGCCUGGGCUAGGUUCCAACAGCCACACUUGCACACUCCAUAGAAUGCAUGCCCAGUAGGCCUACGUAGCUUCAUUCUUCUACAUUGCUUCAUUCUAAACAAUCCUAAUUCAUUCUAAAUUAUGCUAUUAUAAUGGACAGAGAUUUGGUGAGACAUUUCAUAGUUUCUCUGCUUAGAAAUAUUUGGAACAGUACGUUGCUUAUGGGGGGGACAACAUAUCAAGUUUAUUCUCCAUAGGGCAAAGGGUUUCCUGGAAUUGAACUUCCUCUUCUGUUCAAUGCCAUAGGGUUAUUAGAACUUCCUCUUCAGUUAAAUGCCAUAGGGUUAUUAGAACUUCCUCUUAAGUUAAAUGCCAUAGGGUUAUUAGAACUUCCUCUUCAGUUAAAUGACAUUGACUCAUGGAAAACCCAUUAAACUGUGUCCAGGUACGACCAGGCCAUUGACUUGUUCACACGGUCGUGUGCGGGCUACUGCGUCGCUACCUUCAUCCUGGGGAUCGGUGACCGACACAACAGCAACAUCAUGGUCAAAGAUGAUGGACAGGUACUUCACAGACUAACGGCCCUGCUAAGCUAUAGCCGUCAUCCGUUGAGGAAAUGCUUCCUUUAAAAUCAAUGAAAGCUGCUUUACUGCCCGCGGUGCGUCACAUCCAAUGGCAGGAUCCAAGCGCAAGAAUCUGAGGUUCAAUUGUUGACGCACGCGUUCAUUAUAUCUUGUGAAUUGAAAUAAUGAGAAAUAAAAAAAGUUAAUCUUGGUUGCAGAUGGCCUCGACUAUACACCACUGGUUAUUUCUACUAAGAUUUAUGACGUCAAGAAGCUACUAGCAGAAACUCUAGCUAGCUACAUUGACUAGCUAGGUUCCGAAUAUAAACAAAAGCAACUUGUGUAACUACAGGAUCAUUUAGUACAACCACUAGCAACAAUGUAAUGAGUACUUGAGGAAAACUGGACCAAAGCUAUUGUACUGACACAUAAUGGAUGAAUACGGUCCAGUAGGGGAAAACAGUGUAAAGAUGCUCUUCCUCUCUGCUCCUCUGCUCUCAAAACAACAUGCUCUAUGUAGCAGGUAGAACGUCACAUUGACACGAUGCUUAUGGCAAAGCAACGCAAUGCUUAUUGUGGAGCUGAGGUGUUAAAGUUGCAAAAUUCCAGUAAGUUUCCCGAAUUUCCCCGGUAUUCCAGAAAUCCUAGUUGGAAGAUUCCUUGAAUAAGCAGGAAACCCGGGAAUCAUUCAACCAGGAUUUCGGAAAAACCGGGAAAGUUUGGGAAAGUUACCAGAUGUUUGCAACCCUACACACUCUUCUUUUCUCUUGACGUUCCUUGGUUAUAGAUCAACAGUGUUUUGUGAUGCUCUUGGUUUUAUCUUUGCUCCUUGCAGCUAUUCCACAUAGACUUUGGCCAUUUCCUGGAUCACAAGAAGAAGAAGUUUGGCUACAAGCGAGAGCGGGUGCCCUUUGUCUUGACACAGGACUUCUUAAUCGUCAUCAGUAAAGGAACCCAGGAGUGCACCAAAACCAGGGAGUUUGAGAGGUACAGUUUCACUAUUUUGUGUUUAUGUUAGCUUUCCAAUAAGUGAAUAUUAGGGGUUAGAUUCACUACCCUAAAGGGCAAGGCAAGUGUUUGAAUGUAUGAUGGGGUCCCCUUUUGACUACAUUUGCAUUAAAUGGAUCUGUACAUGAAAUUGUGUUAUAGAAUGAUAUCAUUACUCCAACCCAUUUUCAGUAAGAGCAUAAGAAGAGUACAGUUAUUAACACACACAUACAUGCUUCCUAACCCAGUUAGGUUCAACGUUUUUCCCAGACUAAUCGUCCCUCACCAUUGUCUUUCCAUUCCCACCAGGUUCCAGGAGAUGUGCUACAAGGCCUACCUGGCCAUCCGGCAGCACGCCAACCUCUUCAUCAACCUGUUCUCCAUGAUGCUGGGCUCGGGGAUGCCCGAACUGCAGUCCUUUGAUGACAUCGCUUACAUCCGCAAAACCCUAGCCCUGGACAAGACGGAGCAGGAGGCCCUGGACUACUUCAUGAAGCAGAUGAACGACGCCCACCAUGGCGGCUGGACCACCAAGAUGGACUGGAUCUUCCACACCAUCCGCCAGCACGCCAUGAACUGA